AUGCCUCAUUCACAUUCUAAGAAUAAAGAUUCGACUCGUAGCCAUCAUCAUAAUAAAAAUUCAUCCACAUCAAAAUCAAGUACUUAUCGAUCGUCGUCAUCGCAUUCUAUUACGAAAAAACGAUCUGAAAGACGUAGUCGUUCGUCAUCAUCUGAUAGUUCAUCUUCCUCUUCUAACUCUAAUUCAUCAAAGUCUUCUCGAGAAAAGAAUGAUAGUGAAAACUCGCAUAAACUAAACAAAGAAGAAAACCAUUCGACUAAAGCUAAAGAGACCAUUCGCCUGGCAUUAGAUAAUAUUGAUAAGGGUGAUCAACAACAACAAGUCGAAAAUCAAAAUACAUUAUUUUCAAAAUACGGUUUUAAUUUCGCUUCGGAACUAUAUAAAGAUUCAGAUCUAUUAGAGGAACGUAUUCAUAAAAUAGCCGAUGAUGAAGAUGAGAUAUACAUAAAGUCGAGCAGUAUGUCUUAUCAGCAACGACAAAAAAAUCCAAUAAAUGAUCAGAAACAUGAAUUAUCUAUAUUUGGUAGUAAAGCAGACGAAGUACAAGAAAAAAAUCAUUAUCAGAAUCAAAUCUGGAACGAAUUUAAACAGACAUCGAUUAUAUAUGAUAAACUAAUGUCUGCCAAAACAUUGGGUGGACCAUAUUUACUAGAAGAUACAAGUAUUAAACAAAAACGAUGGAAAGAAAAAGUACGAGAUAUAUGGAGAAAACGCAACGGAACAAACGGUAUUCAUAUGGAUGUUAGAAAUUAA